AUGGUCAAGGUCAAGAAGCGCGCUUCCAAGCGUCUCAAGUUAGCGCAGAGAGAGAAGGUCAAGAAGAAGGUCAAGGAGCAUCGCCGCAAAACUCGCCGAGACGAAAGAAGGAGCACACAAUGGAAGAGCAAAGCAAAAAAGGACCCAGGCAUCCCCAACUCAUUCCCUUACAAAGAGCAGCUGCUCAACGAAAUCGAGCAGAAGCGUCGAAUCCAAGAGGAGGAGAAGCUCGCUAGAAAGGCCGAGAAGCUCGCUGAGCGCAAUGGAAAAAACACCGCCGAGCAGGAGGGCGGCUCUGACGUAGAAGGUGUUGCGGAGGACGAGGAAGUGGAUGCAGACGAUGUUUUGGACAAUAUGCCUUUGACAGCGCCUCUCUUCCGUGGCACGCUUGCCGAUGUGCUCGAAUCGACAGAUAUCAAGACUGUCGUUUUGACGCUUGACGCUCGUGACCCCCAGAGUUUCCGUAGCCCAUGGCUCGAGGCCAAGAUCAGCAGUCGUAAGGACAAGGAGUUUGCAUUUGCUCUCAGUCGUUCCGACAUGGUGCCGCUCGAGAUGGUUGCUGCAUGGUCCGCCUACCUUUCCAACACCACCGGAUUCCCAGUCUUCCCCAUCAGCUCGCCUUCCGACCAGCUCGCCGAGAACACCGGCGCCGAGGCUCUUGUCGAGCAGCUCGAUCUGAAGGGAGUCAAGAAAGGAGAUGUUGCCGUUGUCGGCCUUACACACUCCGGCAGGAGUACCGUAGCUGAUGCUAUCCUCAACGCUAUCGGCGUGCCGAAGGACGAAGAUGUCGAAGACGAGGACAACGAAACCAGUGAUUGGCCUGCUGUGCUUGACACACCCGCCCUCAUUCCACUUAAGAGCUCUGAGGCUGCCGAAGACUCGGAUGUCGAGGAAGAAGAUGAAGAUGACGAGGAUGAGUCCGAGAAGGAGGAGAAGGACGAGCACAAGUACAUGGCACGAAUGGAGCUCAAGUCCAUGCAGACCUUGAUGCGCAACCAGGGACACGUCCAGAGGAUCAAGGAGCCUCUUGCGCUCACAUGGGCAUUGCUAUCACGAGUCUCGCACCCCGAGGACCUCAUGCUGAUCUACAAUGUGCCCGCAUUCGGCUCGUUCCAGCCGGGCAAGGCAUCAUUGGCUGACGAAGAGUUGGACGCCGAGGAGAAGGAAAAGAUCAAGGCAGCUUCUAGACGUCGGAAGGUGCACGCCGAUACACAAGAGUUCCUCAUUGCACUUGCACGAGCAACAGGCCGCAUGAAGAAGCGCAACAUCCCCGACGAGAUCGGUGCUUCGCGUGUCUUGCUGCGAGACUGGUCAGAUCAGAUGCUAGGCUACUACACACAAGCGCCCAAGCUGGCAGCUGAAGCGCAGAAGCUAUCAGACGAGAUCAAGCAGCGAGUCUCGUCGACCAUGCCCCUUGUGCUGCCAAGGAAGGAGUGGCGUAAGAAGUUCCAGGCUCGUGAGCUCCGACUCAAGCCGAUCUCGCUGGUUCUGGGACGUGAGGCUUUGGUUCAGGACCAAGUCGAAAUGAUGCCUCCUCCGCCCGAGGAUGACGACAGCGAGGAGGAUGACAGCGAGGAGGAUGAAGACGAGAUCGACGAAGCAUUGCUCGAGGACGGCGACGACGAAGAGGAAGAAGAUGAGGAAGCCGAGAUCGCACCUAAGAAGCAGCUCAAAUCCAUCCUCAAGAAGGGCGGAUCGAAGAAGCGCGACCAAGCUGAGGAUGACGACGAGGAUGAUGUUGACGUGGAUGACGACGAGGAAGCUCAGCAACUCUCGCGAAAGGAGCGAAGGGUGCAAAAGAAGGCACGAGUCGUUGUUCCUUCCAAGUCCAAGCCAGCUGCUAAGCGCAAUGGCACCAAGGCAACUCCCAAGUCUGUCGCCGCCGCCACCGCCACUGCCACCGCUGCUGCUGCUGCCAAAGUGGCAUCGGCUGCUUCCGGACCUGCUCCAGGCGAAAAGUUUGAUUUCGGCAUGCUCUGA